AUGGGAAAUGUGUUGAAGCUGCUAGUGUUUGCGACUCUGUUUGUGAGCCGCGGUAACUGUGGGUCGAUAGACCAUCUCGACACAACAACUGUCCUGUUAAGCGUGUCCGGAACCAUGGAUCAAAGGUUCUUUGCGCAGGUGAUGGAUAAUAAAUCGAACCUGCACGUAUGGCAUAGCGACUCCCGAAAGCUGAUACUGGCCUCGGAUAAUCCACUGAGAACGCUGUCUAUCCUGGAAGCGCCCCGAUUACGGAAGCUUGUGCUACACCCAAACACGCAACUACAGCAGCUCAUUCUGCGGUACUGCCCGUUAAACAGGUUGAUAAAAUCGCUGUACAACUUGAAAGCGCUGAGCAUUUUAAAAUUUGUAAUCUGCCGGUUCAACGACACGUUCAAUCUGGCGGAGUUGCUACCAUUUCAAAAUCUUACAACCUUUAGCUUGGAAUCUAAUCAGUUGAAAGAAGUUGCGCUACAGCUCGGUGAAUCUAGCCCAGAAACGGAACCAACGUCCGCACUAAGAAUGCUCGAUUUGAGUUCCAACCUAAUCGAACACUUCAAUCUGAAUGUGUUACGAGCAUUUCCCGCGCUAAACGACCUGCGUCUGCCAAGAAACAAAUUAGUCACGUUGGGAGGUACAGUCUUUCUUCAGGCAUUGACAUUACUUGAUGUAAAACUAAAUCUUCUCAUCGGAUUGGAUCUAUCGGGAUGCAACUGUAGUUCGCUUCUGUACGUGUACGCAUCGAACAACAAACUGAGCACUUUUCCACUGUUUGGUGACAACAUUACCGGCAUACAAGUGCUCAACUUGAACGAUAACCUGCUGUCCACGUUCAAUGUGAUCGAGUUGACAAAACAGCCAAACUUAACAACGCUAAUGAUGUCCGCGAAUGCGCUCAAAAGCUUCAACGUUGACGACGGGAACAGUACCGCGAUGGAGUUACCAUCUUUAUCAUUGUUGGAAUUGUUAAACAAUCAAGUCGAAUCACUCGAUCUACGUGGGUGGCAGCUACCGUCACUAGUAACGCUGCGCGUUUUGAAUAACCCGCUGGUAACGAUACCGGAUGAUUUGCUGGAGCGGUUCCCGCAACUAACCAAGGGUUACUUCCGAUAG